UCAGGUCCAAGAGCGAUACGCCCUAUCUCACCGAGGCAAGAAUAUCCCUCAACGUGGAGACAGCGGAAGAAGUCGAAAGGCUGGCUGCAAUGCGUUCAGAGUCACUAGUCCCAGGUACUCACACACCACCCAUCAGGAGAAGAAGCAAAUUUGCAACACUAGGGAGGCUGUUUAAACCGUGGAAAUGGAGGAAGAAGAAAAGUGAAAAGUUUAAACAGACAUCUGCAGCUCUGGAAAGAAAAAUUUCUACACGGCAAAGCAGAGAGGAGCUGAUAAAACGAGGAGUACUGAAAGAAAUUUUUGAAAAAGAUGGAGAUGUGCCAAUACAUAAUGAAGAGGAGGUAAUAGAGAACGGUCAGAUCCAAACGUCAGAGCCGGAGGAAGUGGAGCCUGAGACAGUGUCAGGUGAAGCCGUAGCAGACAAUGCAGCCCCAUGUACAGAGUCAACAGACAAGCCAGCUGUGGAAGGUAGCUCUGCGGAUGAUAGGGCAUCAGUUCCUGAGCAGGAUUCAACAUCUAAACCGGCCUCGCUACAGCCCCCUAAAAAGUCUGUAGCUUUCCACUGUGAUGUUGAAGAAACCCUUGCAAAGCAACAAUCCCAUCCUAAACAACCGCCUGCCCUACCUCCCAAACCACUAACAAGGAUCGCCAACCACAUAGCUGACACUGGCCAGCCUGUGAAGCUGCCUUGUAUGCCACCUGUGAGGUUGUCACCUCCUCUACCUCCAAAGAAAGUGAUGAUUUGCAUUCCGCCACAGGCUGCAGACUCUCCACCUACAUCCUAUUCUGUAGUGCAGAAAAUCUCUCAACAGUCUUCCGCACAGCAUCAGUUGCUGCCUUCCCAGCUUGCUGCUCAUCAGCACCAGCUACAGUACGGAGGCUCCCUUUCUUCACCUUUAUCCAGUGGGCUACCUAUCCAUCCAGCAGUACCUACUAGUAAAGUGAUAGAAGAACUCAACAAGACAUUGGCCUUGACAAUGCAAAGGCUCGAAAGUAGCAAGAAGCGGCCUCCCUGUAGUACUUCCUAUCACAGUUCAGGACUGCAUUCUGGAGAAAGUGGAACAAAACCGGGAAAAAGCAAUACACCUGACAUUCGGCAAGUGCCAACAGUAGUGGUUGAGUAUGAUGAUGACAAAGAAAAUGUACCUAAUGAAUCAGACUAUGAGGAUACUUUCAGUAUGCAUGGGGAGGAGGAUGAGGAAGAUGAUGGCGAUAACGACGACGAUGAUGAUGAUGAAGAUAGUUUUUUCACAAGUUCGUUAGCAUUAAAAGUUUGUAGGAAAGAUUCUUUAGCAAUAAAAUUGAGCAACAGGCCAUCAAAGCGUGAGCUGGAGGAGAAGAACAUUAUUCCAAUGCAGACAGACGAGGAGAGACUUGAAAUGAGGCAACAAAUUGGAACAAAGCUGACAAGGCGAUUAAGCCAGAGGCCAACUGCAGAGGAGCUGGAACAAAGAAACAUCCUGAAACCAAAAAAUGAGCAAGAAGAAGAAGAGGAAAAGCGAGAAAUUAAAAGACGGCUAACAAGAAAGCUUAGCCAAAGGCCCACUGUGGAGGAGUUGAGGGAGAGAAAAAUCCUUAUCCGUUUCAGUGACUAUGUGGAGGUGGCUGAGGCCCAAGAUUAUGACAGACGUGCAGACAAGCCAUGGACUAGGCUAACAGCUGCUGACAAAGCUGCUAUUCGUAAGGAAUUGAAUGAAUUCAAGAGCACUGAAAUGGAAGUGCAUGAAUUAAGUAGGCACCUAACAAGGUUUCACAGGCCCUAGCUGUUUACUGCGUACAACCACAGAGAGUCUUACAAAAAAACCGAAGUGCUAGGACUGUAUAGGUACCCACUAAUCU